AUGACCGACAGCGAGUUGAGUGGCCCCCGGGUUGAAGAUGAUGUCAACGGCCUGUCCCUCACUUUGGAUAGCAGUCACACAUCUUUCCAAGGAGCUUCCUCGAUCCCCACGAUGAUUCGAACGAUAUUCCGAUGUUCCACUUCCGCCCAGAACAUGCUACAAGAAGAGAAGCUGAAGCGAAACAUCCGGCCUGCAAAUGACACUUCGAGCAUCCGCAAUCUGGCCCAAGCACCGACUUUACCCAACGCCUCGGAGGAGGGAGCGUUCAUUGAUGCCUACUUCAACCACGUGCAUGCCAUCGCACCCAUGGUAGACGAAGCCAAUUUUCGACGAGCCAGGGUCCAAGGGGACUAUCACGGUAUCUCGCUGCGGGCAAGCGAGCAGUUCUGCAAGAUUGCCGCCCACAUUCAGCACCGAAUGGCGGUGGUACCGCUCUUGGCACCAUCAGAGAUCACCGAGUUGGAUUCAAAGAUCCUCAACUGGCAGCACUCGUUGCAUCCUCUCCUUCGAGACGCAAAUCACUGCCCAGAAGUACUUCGAUCAGCCCGCGCGCUACUUCGGUGUCGGUUGUGUACGCUUCGCCUAGCACUCUAUCGCCCACACCUCGUCAACGCAGCGCUCAACCGCGGACCGGACUGCCCAAGCAGCGAAACAACGGCUGUCAAGGACCUUAUCAGAACAUGUCGAAAUAUUGCUGUCGACACCAUCGACACCAUUGCGGCCGAUUGGUUUCCCAACCAAAUAUCGGCGUGGCACAGUGUUUGGCACAUGUUCCAGGCAGCCCUGGUGCUGCUGCUGGCCCUCAUUACAGAGCCAGAGAACACAGAGGCGCAAUUAUGGGAUCAGACGCUUCAGAGAGCCACGGAUCUCUUGCAUCAGAUGGAGCGCUGGUGUCCAGGAGCCAGCCGCAGCGGCGAAGUAGUCCGCUUUCUGUACAGCGCACGGGGGCCUUCGUCGUUGCCGGCCGAGGCGUUGUCGUCCAUAUGCCUCUCGGACAACGCAUUUGACGACCUAUUGAACAUGGACAUGAUGAAUGCGGAGACAAGUUGGAUUGACUUUGACACACUGGGCAGUCCCACAGGCCCUGAAACCAAGGUGCUGAAGGGCGAGUAG